AUGACUUCCUGUGACGCUCCAGUCUACGACAAUGUCUUCCUGUCCUUUGACGUCCAUCUCUACUACGUGGGUGGUGAGGUGUAUGCCGAGUGUUUGAGUGACAGCAGUAUCUUCGUCCAGAGUCGUAACUGUAACUAUCAGCAUGGUUUCCAUGCCACCACCGUGUGUAAGAUCCCCAGCGGCUGUAGUCUGAAGAUCUUCAACAACCAGCUGUUCGCCGAGCUCCUCUCUCAGUCCGUCAACCACGGCUUCGAGGUGGUCUACGAACUCACCAAGAUGUGUACUAUCCGCAUGAGCUUCGUCAAGGUAACUAUCGGGGUCAGGGGUUAAAGGUCAUGGGGUGAUGGGUCAGGGGGUAACAUGUCUGGUGAAACAAUGAUCUUUACUAGUGUACAACACAGAUAUUUACUAGUGUACAACACCAAUAUUUACUAGUGUACAACACAGAUCUUUACUAGUGUACAACACAGAUAUUUACUAGUGUACAACACAGAUCUUUACUAGAGUACAACACAGGUCUUUACUAGAGUACAACACAGAUCUUUACUAGUGUACAACACAGAUAUUUACUAGUGUACAACACAGAUCUUAACUAGUGUACAACACAGAUCUUAACUAGUGUCCAACACAGAUCUUUACUAGUGUACAACACAGGUCUUUACUAGUGUACAACACAGGUCUUUACUAGUGUACAACACAGGUCUUUACUAGUGUACAACACAGAUAUUUACUAGUGUACAACACAGAUAUUUACUAGUGUACAACAUAGCUAUUUACUAGAGUACAACACAGAUCUUUACUAGUGUACAACACAGAUCUUUACUAGUGUACAACACAGAUAUUUACUAGUGUACAACACAGAUCAUUACUAGUGUACAACAUAGCUAUUUACUAGUGUACAACACCAAUAUUUACUAGUGUACAACACAGGUCUUUACUAGAGUACAACACAGAUCUUUACUAGUGUACAACACAGGUCUUUACUAGUGUACAACACAUAUCUUUACUAGUGUACAACACAGAUAUUUACUAGUGUACAACAUAGCUAUUUACUAGAGUACAACACAGAUCUUUACUAGUGUACAACACAGAUCUUUACUAGAGUACAACACAGAUCUUUACUAGUGUACAACACAGAUCUUUACUAGUGUACAACACAGGUCUUUACUAGAGUACAAUACAGAUCUUUACUAGUGUACAACAUAGCUAUUUACUAGUGUACAACACAGAUCUUUACUAGUGUACAACACAGAUCUUUACUAGUGUACAACAUAGCUAUUUACUAGAGUACAACACAGAUCUUUACUAGUGUACAACACAGAUCUUUACAGCCCAGGGUGCAUUCAACUGCUUUUUAUAUUUGCUAAACAUUUAUGGUUUAUGAUUUGAACGGAUUUCAGCAGUAAAGUGGUGUUUGUAAAGAAGAACUUUAAGACAUUAAGUAGAA